CCCACAUGUCAGCUACUUUUUCAGGUCGUGGGCUCCACUAUCUAUUGCUUGAAUAGAUCUGAGCUUUUAAUUUAAAAGAACACUUUUGUGGGUCGUUGAAUGUAAUGGAGAACCGUAAUCCAAUAUUAAGUGGUGCAAUUUAUCUGGUUGAGCCUAAACCAACCAAAAAAAAGGAAGACGUGGAAAUGGGCCACCACCUAAUCCUAUCCUACUUAAUUUCGAUCCCGCCUAGUAAAUUGAGAAGUGGACCUUUUCCCCGGCACUCGCCAACAUUUCUCAAGCGCCGCCUCUUCACCAACACUGCCACCAUUUGCGCCGCUAGUCGGAUCUUCCUCCUUCCUGCCCUAAAUAUUCAGCCAAUCAAAGCCUAAUUAUGUCAUCCAACCUUCUCCUUCCUCUUCCUCUUCCAGUUCCUUCUCCCGCUGCCAUCCAUGAGCAGCUUAGCUCUCCCCUCUUCCCCAUGUCUAUCCUACGCCGCCUUGCGCCCCUCCGUCUAACCUCCCCCCACCGAAGGCGUCUCUCCUCCUUCGCUGCCGCCGCCGCCGUCCGCCAGGAUACCGCCGCUUGGACCCAAGCCCCGCUAGCCGAAAUCGAGCCCGUCGCCGAGUCUCUUUUCCACAUCAGCAUCGACGUCUCCGACUCCCUCGACCUCGCCGCGUCCCAUACGCUGCCCGGUCAGUACCUACAGCUCCGAAUCCCUGAGGUCGAGAAACCUUCCUUUCUGGCCAUCGCUUCGCCUCCUUCGCUUGCCGCAUCUAGAGGCGCGUUUGAGUUUCUGGUAAAGAGCGUCGCCGGCUCCACGGCCGAGCUCCUGUGCGCCUUAAAGAGAGGAGAUGUCGUGGAAUUGAGCCAGGUUAUGGGCAAAGGCUUCGCGAUCGAUCAGAUCGAUCCGCCUGAAAAGUACCCCACUCUUUUGAUUUUCGCCACCGGCUCUGGAAUUAGUCCGAUCCGAUCUCUCAUUGAGUCAGGUUUCGGUGCCAACCACAGAUCGGACGUGAGGCUUUAUUACGGAGCCAGAAACCUGAAGAGAAUGGCUUACCAGGAUAGGUUCAAAGAUUGGGAGUCCUCCGGGGUUACGAUUGUGCCAGUGCUAUCGCAACCAGAUAAUAGUUGGAGUGGUGAAGCUGGCUAUGUACAGGCUGCUUUUGCUAGGGCCACUCAGAUAUCCAGCCCAGCAGGUACUGGAGCUAUACUUUGUGGGCAGAAACAGAUGGCAGAGGAGGUAACUUCAAUUCUUGUAGAAGAGGGAGUCUCAACAGAUAAAAUCCUGAAGAACUUCUGAUCUGGAAAAUGGUUACGGACGGUUGUUGUAGCUCAAUUUACUGCUAUCAAUUCUUUGAUCCUGUAAGUGCCGAUUAGGUGAUGCAGUCGGAGGGGCUUGAGAGUUGAGAUCCUUUUGCCUCUGAGCUUAGCUUAUUAACACCAUUUUUGGUAGUUAUUCUUAUAGAUUAUUACUCCUAGCCUUGAAAAAACCCAUGCCUACUUCCAAAGAGGUUAAAUGUAAUGGUACAUAUCUGAAUUGUAAUACGAAAAGGGGGGAAAUGUGUGUAUGCACAACAGAUGUUACUUGGCAUUUGAUUUACAGCUUGGCUUCUAAGUGUAUGUGUUGGGGUUAUCACCUAAUACGACAAACAACUACGUCAUCGAUGGGCCCAACCCCAUCGCUCCAUACAUCUUCUCAGGUCUAAGCUCACGAAAGGAAGCGCAAGACUCCUAUAAAAGUGCAAGACUCCUAUAAAAGGAGACUCAUGCCUACAAGCCAAUGGGACUAGGGAUGGCAAUGGGUCGGGUUGGUGUGGGUUUUGUCAAACCCAAACCCAAACUCAUGGGUUUAUCCGCCAAAAAACCAGGGGUAAAAUCCGUUGGGUUUGAAAAACUCUAACCCAACCAGCUGGGUAUCCGCGGGUUCAUGGGUACUCGUGGGCUUUUGUGGUAAAAAAUUUACAAUAACAAAUUUCUUUCAAAAUACAAGUUUAACAUCAAUUUUCUCAUAAAAAUUAUUCAUACAAAAAACACCAAUCUAGAACAUACAAGCGAACAGCAAAUGAUCAAUACAAAUUGUUCAAAAUUAAAGAUAAACAUCUGUAAACAACAAGAUUAAUCGAAAGCUUCUUCCUCGUCAAAUAAGUUUCUUCACUCUUCACUUCAUAAUAUCAACUUCAUUCUAAACAAUUAGAAAGAACAAAUUAUACAUGUCUCCACAAACAUAAAGAAUAUUAGUUGUUUAAGGAAGAUAUAUUAUUUAGAAUAUUAAAUAUACCGGGAAAGUAAUUAUAUGUGUGUGGACAGGUACCCAUGGGGCGGGUUUACCUAAACCCAAACCCAACCCGGUGAAUAGUGUAGCGGGUUUAAACCAUAGUCCAUGAAACCGUACCGUACCGGCGGUUCAACCACAAAAUACCAGUAUCGGAGGCUAAACCGGUAUGCGGUAUUUAACGAUACCAACCGUUAAACUACGGUAAAACCACGGUUUUGUCAUAAAAUACCCUACCGCUGACUUUUCCGGUACGAUCUCCGGUACGGUUUCAUGGACCCUUUAAACCUGAACCCGGCCCAAAAUCCGUCAACAUGGGUUUUACCCGCGUUGACCGGGUUGGGUCGGGUGGGUACUCGUGGGUUCGGGUUUUGUUGCCAUCCCUAAAUGGGACCUUCUCUUCCCCUUAUUUUACAUCACUUGAGUUCUCUCUCUAGCUUUAUCUCCCUACAUUUCACAUAUCAUGCACCAUUAUCAUAUUUCGUACUAAUUUGGGGUGUAGAGCGUAGAUUUCGGGGGCCGCCCCUCCUCCUCACAGGUUUCUUGUCUCCCGAAGAGAUCGAACGAGUGAGUCCAGAUCAGAGCCCAAUAGUUAUUAUGUUAGUCCUAGGGCACGAAUUAGGGUGAAAGGUACAUUUCUCAUUCCAUUGACGUUAAGAGUUGCAGAUCGCGAGUGCCCAUUGGCUUGAAGUGUUAGACGUGGCAAGGGGUGGCAAAAGUUACCCAAAGAUUUUGUCCAAAUCCCAUAUAUGUUCAGUAUAAAACAUAUUCAUUUUU